AUGUCGACGUCGGCCACGUCGAGCGCUGUAGUCACGGAAGAAUCCUCGACGCGCGUGCGCGUGGGAACGAUCCUCGGCACGAUGACGUUCGGGUGGAGGUACUCGAGCAGUACGUGCGACGACGAGGCGUCGACUCAGAUGAUGCGAGCGUUCGCGGCGGAAGGCUUUCAUGAAGUGGACACGGCUCUGGCGUACGCGGGCGGAGAGACGGAGAGGAUCAUCGGUCGCGCCUUGGCGAGUGAUCCGGCGCUCAACGCCGCUGUUCGCGUGGAUACUAAGGCGAAUCCUUGGCCCGGAGGCGUGAUGACCCCGCAGGCGGGACGCGGCGGGCUUGCACCAACCGAGUUGCGAAGCCAAGUUGAGAGCAGCACAGCGUCUCUCGGUGAUGGAGUGAAAAUUCGAGUUCUAUACCUUCACGCGCCGGACGCGGAUACCAGACUCGAGGAUGUUCUUGGUGAAUGCGAGCAGAUGCGCACAAGUGGAUUGUUUGAAGAGAUCGGUUUGUCGAAUUUUUCGGCGUGGGAAACGGUUGAGGCACAUCGAAUUUGUGAACGGAAUGGCUGGAAGGCGCCAACUAUUUACCAAGGUAUGUACAAUGCGUUGACGCGAAACGUCGAGUUCGAAUUGUUACCCGCGCUUCGCGCUACCGGCAUGCGAUUCGCAGCUUAUAAUCCACUUUGUGGAGGUUUGCUCACUGGGAAGUACAAGACGCGAGACGUCUCGACAGUGACUGGUGGACGCUUCGAUGGAAACGACAUGUAUACGUCAAGGUUUUGGCUCGAAUGCUAUCAUACAGCCGUGGAUAACAUCGUGGAGGCCUGUUCGAAACACAACAUCAACGCAGCUGACGCGUCGCUACGAUGGCUUUACAACCACAGCGAGCUGGACGGUGCAAAGGGAGACGCCGUCAUUAUUGGCGCGUCGAGUGUCUCACAGCUUGAAUCAAACGUCGCCUCCGCAAAGCGCACCGAUCCGUUGCCAAAGGACGUACUGAAUGCCAUGGAUCUCGGUUGGCGCGAGUGUGAGAAUGCGAGCGCGCCUUAUUUCCGUGGGCACUGUAAAAUUUAG